CUGCAGAGCGCGUGAUCUGGUGUGUGUUCAUGAUGCACGCGACGCUGUUCCUGUCUCUCGUUUGUGUUCGCGCGGCUGCGGGUUCGAGCACACUCAGCUCAUCUGGACCGCUGCUUCUGUCUGAUGGAUUGUGUCAGUAUGGAUGGAUGAGAACUUUAAAGGGUCAAUGCAGACCCAUGUGUGAGUCGGGCUGUAAACACGGUGAGUGUUUUGGACCGGAUCAGUGCCGCUGUCAUCCAGGAUAUACGGGCAAGACCUGCAACCAAGAUGUGAACGAGUGUGCAUUUAGGCCGUGUAAGUACAGGUGUAUGAACACACCGGGCAGCUACAAAUGCUACUGUCUCAACGGUUACAUGAUGAUGGCUGACGGCACGUGUCGCAAUGCUCGUACGUGUGCGAUGGCUAACUGUCAGUAUGGCUGUGCGGUGAUGAAAGGCAAGGUCAGAUGUCAAUGUCCGUCUCCAGGACUGCGUCUCGCUCCUGACGGCAGGACAUGUGUCGAUGUGGAUGAGUGUGUGACGGGUCAGGCCUCGUGUCCGAGGUUUCGUAAGUGUGUGAACACGUUCGGUAGCUACGUCUGCAGGUGCCAUGAAGGCUUUGAGCUGCAGCACAUCAACGGAAAAUACCACUGCACAGAUAAAAAGUUUUUGUCUAUUUGCUAUGACAAGCCCGGACACAAGAGAUGCAAGUGCACAGCGAGCGUUAAUGGAAAGGGUUACGACUGCAAAUCUGUUGGUAAAGUCACCAUUGAGCCUCCAAGACCAGUCACAGUCAGCCCCACAAACAUCUCCACGGCAACAACUCCCAUGACAACUACAGCAACGACAACAACUACAGCCACUCCCAGCACUACCGUUACCAUAGCAACCUCUGUUCCGACAAGCACUGCCUUGACGACAGUAACACCAACGACUGUUGCUAUAACAAUAACAGCGUCAACUACAACAGCCUUCACAACUGUUGCUACGACAACUAGUCCAACUACAACGUCCACAUCACCGGCAUCAACAACUACAGACAGGUUUCCAAUGACAACCAGCGUCAAAACAACAACACUAGACAACCGCAUUCACAGAGAGAAUACAGCGAAGCCACGAGGAGAUGUACACAUUCCUCGUUACGAGAACAAUCUGUUCGACUGGGACUUUGAUGUUGAGCUGGGAAACACAACGGAGUUUGUGCACGAUGAUCCAGCCGCUGCUGUUGUCAGCUGCUCAUUUGAUGACGGUCUCUGUGUUUGGAUGACGGACUCAGAAGGAGAUCUGAAAUGGGAAAUCAAAGAUGAUCCAGCCGGUGGGCGGUACCUGUCAGUACCUGAUGCUCCGAACAGACGGAGAGUCAAAGGGGCGAGGCUUACGGUGCCGCUGGCUCCUCUCACAAAGGCGUGGCAGGGCGGCGACCUCUGCCUGUCAUUUAAAUACCGUCUCCAUGGACACCACAUCGGCUCUCUGCAGGUGUUUGUCAGAAAGGGGCGGAGUCACAACCCAUCCAUCUGGACCAGGACUGGAGGAUAUGGCUGGAGACACGCCCACGUCACUCUUUGGGGGCGUGGCCUUGUUGAUAUUGUGCUGAAGGCAGAGAGACGGCGAGGGAAACAUGGAGAAAUCUCUGUGGAUGAUUUUAGUCUGAGACGAGGAGCCUGCAGUGAUGGACAGGACAGGACAGAGUGACACACACACACACACACACACACACAGAUUGUGUGUAAUGAAAUGCUCUCGCAGAAGUGGACAGGUCAACAUUCAUAUGCAUGAGGACAUCCACAGCU